AUGGUUAGUGAUGAUGUUGAUAACUUUUUGGCCCAUUUAAGUCGCAAGCGUGCUAGAGACGAAGAAGAAAAUAAGAAGAAAAUGACAAUUAUUCUUAGUACCAUUACAUGUAUCAUUGCCAUUGUUGGAGCAUGGGUCAUUGGUUUUGACUAUGAUCGUUCUAAGGAAACAAUUAGCUGGCAAUUUAAUAGUGUAUUGCGUGCAAUGAUGAGAAUUAGUCAAGAAUAUUUGAAACUUCAGCCAUGUGAUAUUGGUGGUUCAGAAAGAGACAAGUGGAAGUGGUUUGAGAAUUGUAUUGGAGCACUUGAUGGAACUCACAUUCCAGUAACAAUGUCUGUUGAGGAUAGACCAAGAUAUCGAAAUAGAAAGGGCGAUAUUUCCACCAAUGUUUUAGGAGUUUGUGAUCCAUAUCUAAAAUUCAUCUAUGUACUAUCUAGAUGGGAGGGUUCUGCUUCUGAUUCUCGUGUUCUAAGAGAUGCUUUGGCCAGGGAUAAUUUGUUUCAAGUUCCAAGUGAUAACUACUAUCUUGUGGAUGCCUACUAUGCUAAUGGACCUGGUUUUUUAGCACAUUAUCGAGGAACUAGAUAUCACUUAAAUGAAUGGAUUGGAAACAAUCGUCCUGAAAAUUACAAAGAGUUAUUUAACUUGCGUCAUUCAAUUGCAAGGAACGUAAUUGAAAGGAUUAUAAAUGCAUGCUUUGUGUUGCAUAACUUCAUUCGAAUCGAGCAACACAAUGACCAUGUGUUACAAGAUCAAGAUAUGGAGAAUCUAGCUUCUGUGGAUCAUGAGAUAUCAAAUCAUUCUACAGUAGAGGGUAACGCAAAUAGGAUUACAAGUGUUCAAGUCAUUGAUCAAUGGACUACUUUCCGUGACACAUUAGCAAUGCAGAUGUUUCUUGAUUAUCAAGCACGAGGCGCCACUAAUUCAUGA